CCGAAGCCGCGUUCCCCGGCCCCCGCCAUGGCCCGGGGCGGCAGUCAGAGCUGGAGCUCCGCGGAGCCGGACGCGCGGCCGGAGCGGCCGGCGGAGGAGCAGGCGCCCGAGAAGCCCGGGGACAAGAUGGUGAAGGAGACCCAGUACUACGACAUCCUGGGCGUGAAGCCCAGCGCGUCCCCGGAGGAGAUCAAGAAGGCCUAUCGGAAGCUGGCGCUCAAGUACCACCCGGACAAGAACCCGGAUGAGGGCGAGAAGUUUAAACUCAUAUCCCAGGCAUAUGAAGUGCUUUCUGAUCCAAAGAAAAGGGAUAUUUAUGACCAAGGCGGAGAACAGGCAAUUAAAGAAGGAGGCUCAGGCAGCCCCGGCUUCUCUUCACCCAUGGACAUCUUCGACAUGUUCUUUGGUGGUGGAGGACGGAUGGCUAGAGAGAGAAGAGGCAAGAAUGUUGUACACCAGUUAUCUGUAACUCUUGAAGAUUUAUAUAAUGGAGUCACGAAGAAAUUGGCCCUCCAGAAAAAUGUAAUUUGUGAGAAAUGUGAAGGUGCCGGCGGGAAGAAGGGCUCCGUGGAGAAGUGCCCGCUGUGCAAGGGGCGGGGGAUGCAGGUCCACAUCCAGCAGAUCGGGCCGGGCAUGGUGCAGCAGAUCCAGACCGUGUGCGUGGAGUGCAAGGGCCAGGGCGAGCGCAUCAACCCCAAGGACCGCUGUGAGAGCUGCCUCGGUGCCAAGGUGAUCCGCGAGAAGAAGAUCAUCGAGGUUCACGUGGAGAAAGGUAUGAAAGAUGGGCAGAAGGUACUGUUUCAUGGAGAAGGAGAUCAGGAGCCUGAGCUGGAGCCUGGUGAUGUCAUAAUUGUGCUUGAUCAGAAGGAUCAUAGUGUCUUUCAGAGGCGAGGCCACGACUUGAUCAUGAAAAUGAAAAUUCAGCUUUCUGAAGCUCUUUGUGGCUUCAAGAAGACAUUAAAAACAUUGGACGAUCGGAUUCUUGUUAUCACAUCCAAAUCAGGUGAGGUGGUGAAGCACGGGGACCUGAAAUGUGUGCGCGACGAAGGGAUGCCCGUCUACAAAGCACCCCUGGAGAAAGGGAUUCUCAUCAUACAGUUCCUGGUGGUCUUUCCCGAAAAACACUGGCUCUCCCUGGAAAAGCUUCCUCAGCUGGAAGCUCUGCUCCCGCCUCGACAGAAAGUGCGGAUAACGGAGGACAUGGAUCAGGUGGAGCUGAAGGAGUUCAGCCCCAGCGAGCAGAACUGGCGGCAGCACCGGGAGGCCUACGAGGAGGACGAGGACGGGCCCCGGGCCGGGGUGCAGUGCCAGACGGCGUGACGGGGCGGGCGGGCGGCCCCGCCGGACCCGCACAGGACGCCCGGUCGGCACGAUGACGCUUUCACGGCCUCGUGUCUGGGGUGUCCCGUGUCUGUGUUCAGCGUUCUCAGUUGCUGAGUGUCUUUCCGGUUUUUCUUUGUGCUGUCACUUAAGUUACAGCUUAAUUUAUAUUUAAAUGUUUUAAGUGUGAAUCGCCUCUAGUCUGCAUAUGGAGUCUGUUCAUUUCUGUCUUCAGGGUGUACUUUUGAGAUGUCAGUGGUCGCACCGACACUUUGUGCUUCUAGUGGCUUUGCUGUAAUUCAGCGUCACUGAUAAAGCACAGCCCCGUUAGCAGCUCAGCCCCUAGCAAACCCCGAGGCACAAAGCGGGCGUCCUGGCCCAUCUCGAGGUCUGUGGUUUCUCCUCCGUCCCUUGGCAGAGUUAUUGAGGGCAUGAUCUCAGGGCCGCUAAGAUCACAUUUCUGAGGAUUCUGGAUGAUCCUCUUGAAGAAUAAAAGCACAUCCGUGGAUCCAACAUGCCUGCAUGUGCCUGGUUAACAGGGCCAACCUAGUUCCACUGUUCUGUGCCCUUCAGUGGAUGGAACUGUGUGUCUGGUCGUCUCUCUUGGAAGUUUUCCUGAGACUUCCAAGCUCUGUGGUGAGGACAAACCAGUGUUUGGAAUCAUGCUGUUAACAACUGUUUUUCUGUGACCCUCACAACUUGUUCUUCGUGGUUUUAAUGAUUUUCUGUUGACAACUUUUGCAACGCUCUCCCACCAAAGUGCUUCUUGUAAAGAAAACUCAAUCCUUCUAUGUCCCUGGCAGCCCCAGUGCAGCCCCGACGCCGAGGGAAAACGUGGCUGCUGUGGCCCGCGGCACAGCCAGCUUCUCCGACCAGUAAUCCUGGUCACUUGAGGGUCUGCAGACACAUAGAGCUCCUCAGUGUUUCCCCCUCAUCCUCCCAGACUCGGCUCCCUUCCAAAGGAUCGUUCCUCUCAUUGCACAGCCAUAUUACAAAGGGCUUCCUGCUCACGGGAUGUUUUGGUGAGAACUGCAGAGUUCCACUGUGGAUUAGCUUGUAUGAACUACUGCUGUAAAUUACAGCUUGUGAGGAGGGACGUUAGUCAUUAUUUUAUUCCUGACAGGUAGACUACAACUGGAACUUAGGGUUACCUCAGUCUUUAGCCACUACUGCUAAUUUCUUGCCCUGAGUCACGGAAAACUUCUGAGCUGCUGGGUUAAAGCAGAGGUCACCUGUCAGAUCCACCCUUAAUUGGUUACAUGGCACCUGAGAGUUUGCCUCACACCAGGGACCUUCCUUAGGAGGGUCAAAGGGCAGAUCAGACCAUGCAGGUAGGGUGAACCAGCUGGAUGGCCCGGGUUCUGCAGAACAUUGCCAGCUAGUGGGGCACAAGUUGCUCAAAGUAUAGAAACAGCCCACCUGUGCCCACUUUGACCAUUGGUCAAGAUAGAUACAAAACCACUUCUUCCAACUAAGCCCGUAGGAAAUCAGCUUGUAAGUGGACCACACUCCAGGGUGGUAUUUCUGUGCUGUGACUUCCUAAUAGAUUCUUGCUAAAGGACUGCUGUUUAGUGAUGGAGCAAAUUUACUUUCAUGUAAGAGGAAUUUGGAGGAUGUUGCUUAAAAUUUUAUUCCACCUGUACAUUUGUUACUUUAAAAUUAAAAUUGAGCUGGUAUGAGAGA